GAAGUCUUUGUUUUUGAUUUUGCAUUCAAGCUUGUGUGGAGUAAAGACUUACUGACUGGACUGACUAGGCUACCCAACUCUUAUUCGACUGAAAAUGUUUAAACUACAGUUGUUGCGUGUGUUUUUAAAUGAGCGUUUAACGGCGGCUGCUGUGGAGAUUUUUGGGGCAGUUGAGAAAACGGUAAUGGAGUACCAGGAGGAGAAUGAUCGGCUACGGAGACUGCUGCGGAUCACACCGGAGCUCAUUACACCAGAGACACAACUAUGUCGAACUGACUCCCUGCAGCUCUCUGUCUCUGAAGAGGAGGUUCCCUCUGAGCAGCAGCACUGUGAGCAGGAGUGGAGUCCCAGUCUGGGGCAGGAGGACCCAGAGACCAUACAGAUUAAAGAGGAACAGGAGGAAGUCAGGACCAGUCAGGAUGAAGAGCAGCUUCAAGGGUUCUUUGACACCAAAGACUCCAUAUUUACUCCUUCCUGUGUGAAAAGUGAAUGUGAUCAGGAUGAAUCACUUCAGUCCCUGACUCUUCCCCAAACCCGGACUGUGGAGAACAGAGAGAGUGACUCUAAACUAAUGAAUCUCAAACCUUUUGGCAUUGUGACCCGCCUAAAGGAUCUCAACAUUCUGUAUGACCCUCCAGAUUAUCAAAACAAUGCUUUCAACCUCAGCUCAGCCGUAAGCAGCGACCCAGUAGGACUUUACAGCAGCCCACCAUUGGAUCCCAACCCACCAAUGGAGAAACAGUGUUUCAUACCCAGCACAUCUAGAAAAACUCACCACUGCCGUGACUGUGGUGAAACAUUUGCACUGAAAGCUGACCUGCAGAGGCAUGUGACUCACACCAGGAAGAGACCCAGUGAAUGCCUCUUCUGCAAAAAACUCUAUAACUCCACCUGUAAACUGAAGGCCCACGUCAGGCUCUGUCACGGUGGGAAACCCUGCACCUGCCCCUUUUGUGGAAAGACCUUCAAACAAAAAGGACAUCUGUCCAGGCACAUGAGUAUUCACACAGGAGAGAAACCAUUUUGCUGUGGUGACUGUUGGAAAAGCUUCAAUCGUAAGGAGCACCUUACCAGGCAUAUACGCAUUCACAGAGGAGAGAAACCUUUUAGCUGUGGUGACUGUGGGAAAAGCUUCAAUCGCAAGGAGCACCUAACUGAACAUAGACAGACUCACACAGGAGAAAAACAACAUGGCUGCUCAGUCUGUGGUAAAAGAUUCACUCGGAAGACUCAUCUACUGAAACAUAUGGAUAAUAUCCACAAAGAGAGGAAAACAGACAGAAGAAAGAAAAUCUUCAGUCAGAAGAUGGGAAUAAAAAGGCAGAAUGUGGACAACACUCUUAGGAAAGGAAAGCAACUCCAGACCAUUCAUACUAUGGGUCUCAGAUAAAUAAAUCUUUGAAUGUAAAUUAAGUUUGAUCAUUACCUCAUCAUUCAAAUCAAACAGUACAGAGUAUUGUAGGAAAUUCACAGGUCUGCUGUAAUAAUAAUAAUAAGUAAUAAUUCAUUACAUUUGUAAAGGGCUUUUAAUUAUACAGAAUAAUCUCAAAGUGCAUAAAAUGAAACCCCCCAAAUAUAUAUUAAUGGACACAAUUACACGGGGCAACUGACAGAUGACGCUACAAGGGACAUGGACAAGGAGGGAUAUUGCCAUGAAUACACUGGAAAGUCAGCAGGAGGGGUUUGAAUUCAGUCUGGAAUGAGAUGGGGAGCCAGUACAGAGAUGCCAGGAUGGAGGUGAUGUGAUGGUGUUGUGAUGGGGAGCCAGUACAGAGAUGCCAGGAUGGAGGUGAUGGUGUUGAGAUGGGGAGCCAGUACAGAGAUGCCAGGAUGGAGGUGAUGGUGUUGGAUGGGGAGCCAGUACAGAGAUGCCAGGAUGGAGGUGAUGUGAUGGUGUUGAGAUGGGGAGCCAGUACAGAGAUGCCAGGAUGGGGGUGAUGGGAUGGUGUUGAGACGGGGAGCCAGUACAGAGAUGCCAGGAUGGAGGUGAUGUGAUGGGGAGCCAGUACAGAGGUGAUGUGAUGGGGGUGAUGUGAUGGUGUUGAGAUGGGGAGCCAGUACAGAGAUGCCAGGAUGGGGGUGAUGUGAUGGUGUUGAGACGGGGAGCCAGUACAGAGAUGCCAGGAUGGGGGUGAUGUGAUGGUGUUGAGAUGGGGAGCCAGUACAGAGAUGCCAGGAUGGGGGUGAUGUGAUGGUGUUGAGAUGGGGAGCCAGUACAGAGAUGCCAGGAUGGAGGUGAUGUGAUGGUGUUGAGAUGGGGAGCCAGUACAGAGAUGCCAUGAUGGGGGUGAUGUGAUGGUGUUGAGACGGGGAGCCAGUACAGAGAUGCCAGGAUGGGGUGAUGUGAUGGUGUUUCGCACUCUCAUCAGGAUCCUGGCAGGGCUGUUCUGGAUGUACUGGAGACUUUGGGACUGACAGGGAUCCAGGUGAAGACUGUGUUGUAGUCUAGGAGACUCCUGACAGGGAUCCUGGUGAAGAGUACAUUGCAGUAGUCCAGCCUUGCAGAGAUAAAGGCAUGGACAAGCUGUACAAAGUCUUUAUCAUGUUUUUAUAUCAUUACAAAUAGGAAUAUCUGGUCGUUUGAUUCAGAAUGUCUCUCAGGGUGAUGAGAUAAUAGUCGGAUGGAUGUUAUCGAUACAUGAAAUGAAAUAAAAUUCCAGAAAAGGUC